AUGGCCAGUCAUACACCCCAGCGAUGGGGCUUGACCGAUCCGAUAUCGCCCAAACUACCUACCGAGGACGACCUCCAGCAAAAUGAAGCGUUGCUGACGGAACUCAAGGCUCAGAACAACUUCGAGAAACCUGAAGACACGGAGCGGAGAGUCAAAGUAUUGUCUCGACUUCAGCAAGUGGUCGAGGAGUUCGUGAAACAUAUCGGUCGCAUGAAGGGCGUGGCACCCUCGGUUCUUCAAAAUGCUGGAGGAAAGAUCUUCACCUUCGGGAGUUACAGGUUGGGGGUCUACUCACCUGGCUCUGAUAUCGAUACCCUUGUGGUCGUCCCAAAGCAUGUCUUCCGCGAGGAUUUCUUCGAACACUUUCCUUCGCUCCUCGAAAAGAUGUCCGAACCCGGCGCAAUCGAGGAACUCACACCGGUUCCCGAGGCGUUUGUGCCCAUCAUCAAAAUGGUGUAUUCGGGAGUCGAUAUUGACCUGAUCUUUGCUCGAUUACACAGAACCUCCAUUCUUCAGGAUAUGACGUUGAGCGACACGGAUCUACUCCGAGGCCUUGAUGAGUCCGAAUUGCGAAGCGUAAACGGAACCCGAGUAACGGACGAGCUACUUGGACUAGUCCCACAAACCAAGACUUUUCGACAGGCAUUGAGAGCGGUGAAAUUAUGGGCACAACGCCGGGGCUGUUACAGUGCGGUUGUAGGUUUCCCAGGAGGGGUUGCGUGGGCAUUGAUGGUGGCGCGAAUCUGUCAGUUGUAUCCGUAUGCAACGGCUUCGACGAUUGUCGGUCGAUUCUUCCAUCUCAUCGGAUCGUGGCCAUGGCCCAAACCGCUUCUACUAAAGGAGAUCGAAUCGGGUCCCUUACAGGUCAAAGUUUGGAAUCCCCAACAGUAUGGCGGCGACAAGCGACAUCUGAUGCCCAUCAUCACUCCAGCAUACCCCUCUAUGUGUGCCACUCAUAACGUGACCCAUUCAACGCUUCGCGUGAUUGGCCGGGAGCUUCAUCACGCCAAUAAAAUCGUUCAGCGGAUCAUGGAACGACAGGCGCCAUGGAAGGAUCUCUUCCAAAAGCACACGUUCUUCACUCAGGGAUAUAAGUAUUACCUCACCGUGGUCGCAUCCAGUCGAUCGAAGGAAGCCCAAUCCAUCUGGUCCGGUACGGUUCAGUCCAAGGUUCGUCGCCUUGUGACAGGCAUAGAGAACUUGAACAACGACAUUGACAUUGCCCACCCAUUCAACAAAAGUUUUGAUCGAGUGCAUCGAUGCCCGCCUGAUAAAGUUGAGGAAGUAUACAAAGGCAAGCUCGCAUAUCAGGUCACCGGCGUCCUGACCGAUGAACCUGAUGAUUCGAAAGACAUAAAGCAAGCUGUUGCGGCGCAGGGCGACAGCGACCUUCCCGUGACGAACGGCAACGCGGGCGGAGUGAAUGAUAAUGGAACCGUCACUGUGCAUACGACGACCUUCUACAUCGGACUGGAGUUGCACAUGUUUGACAUGGUUGUUGCAGGUUCCAAAUCUCUUGACAUCUCCGAGCCCGUCAACGACUUCAAGAGAGUGUUGAUGGAAUGGCCGCAGUACGACGAAGGAUUGUAUGAGACGAGAAUUGUGCACACCCGAAACUACGAUCUUCCUGAUGACGUGUUCGAGGAAGGCGAAAUUCGACCGACACGCGUCAAGAAGGGAAAGAUGAAUAAGAAGCGAAGCGCAUCUGAUGCCGAGACAGAGGUCGGUUGUUGUUCAUAUUUGGGCUCUUCAAACAUAUGGCUAAUACAUCCUGCAGACGGCCGACGCCAAGGCUAUGAAACGACGACAGGUGUCGAACGGAACUUCAGUGACCACGAGCACUAG